CAGCUAUCCAUCGUCAGCAUAAUAUUGUCCCAGUGUUUAGCACAUCUUGUAUAAAAACUCUUUAUCUAACUAGUAAAACUGUUAACAUGAAUAAAUUAUUACCAUUUUUAAAUAUUAUUAGACUUUUUUUACCAAUAUAAUCUGUGUACCCUGUAUUUCUUAACAUUGUACAUAUUUUUUAAAGUAAAAAGAGGUGCAAAGUUUUUGUCUGGAAACACUAUUACCGGCGUUUCACGUUUUCACUAAUGUUUGAACUUUAAACAGCAACCUUACUAUCAUUUUUGUUCUGGGAACUGCUUUACUAAUCAUAGUUGUGUUUAUGAUAUGUCAAGUUCUGACAAGCAACCAAGCGCAAACGGUGACCAAAUUCCAAAGCAGAGGGGAAAUACGACGGAAAAGGUUCCCCACGAGCCAGGAGCUGGAUUACGUGGCUUGAGGUCAACCACCGCGUUUCGUGCUUUGAACUUUGAGUUGUACGUCAGACCCAACAAAUAUGUUAUGGGCAUUGGCUUAGUUCUCAUUACUGGCUGUGUGUCUUACCUUGCUUACAUGAACGCAACAGCUGAAAACAAAUCCACUGGUGUUUACGAAGUUUAUAACACGGACGGCUCAGUUAAAACUGAGAAACGAAAGUCCAAGUGGGACUAGAUACUCGAACCAUGCUGUUUUAUACAAUCUUGAUGUUGUCUUUUGCUCGUCCCAUGGUCCCUGUGGUACUUCGUGUUCUGUUACCUCUGAUUGAAAUGGUUGUGAUCAGUAAAAAGCUUAAAAUGCAAAAGAAAGAAUUGCAAAUUGAUUUAAAACAGAAAUUGGAAGACCAAAGGGGAAUUAAUAUGAUGGACGAGUUCGCAAAAUAUGCAAGAUUGCAGAGAAAAAUUGACGCUGUGAAAGAUGAAAUACAGAAGAUGAACAAUUCUACAUC